CCCCUGGGUGAAUCCACCGUCACCAUGUCUGACCAGGAGGCAAAACCUUCAACUGAGGACUUAGGAGAUAAGAAAGAAGGAGAAUACAUUAAACUCAAAGUUAUUGGACAGGACAGCAGUGAGAUCCAUUUCAAAGUGAAAAUGACAACACAUCUCAAGAAGCUCAAAGAAUCGUACUGUCAAAGACAGGGAGUUCCAAUGAAUUCACUCAGGUUUCUCUUUGAAGGUCAGAGAAUUGCUGAUAAUCAUACUCCAAAAGAACUGAAAAUGGAGGAAGAAGACGUGAUUGAAGUUUAUCAGGAACAAGCAGGGGGGGGGUCACUCGACGUCUCUGCCAACUAUUGA